AUGGAGAAGGAAGAGAUCAACUUGCUGAAGUACCGAUCAGAGCAGCUAGAAAGGAACAAUGUCGAGCUGAUGAAGAAACUUGACUUUAUUGAGGAGGCUCUUCAAGAGGCCCAGGAGUCAAUCCUCCAUCGGGAUGAAGAACUGAGAUGGGUCGAAAGAAAGAUUGUAGCCUUCAAGCGGCUGAAAUCCAAAGACGACAAAAAAAUCGAAGGUCUCGAGGAGUGGAUUAGAACCCUCGAAAAACAAAAGUCUGAGGUUGAGAGAGACUACCAUCGGACCCAUGAUGAUCUGGAGCAUCUGAGGAGGACACUUGAGCUCAUCCAUUACUUGAACGGGUACAUUAAAAAUUCUCGUGAGCUGAUCAAAGAGGUGAAGAAGUCUGGGCUCGAAGUCGAGAUGCUCAAAAGAGCAAGAGAGAAGGCCGAAAAGAAGGUCGGUGAAGUCUUUAUGAGAGCCGAUGCCACCAAGAGGAGAGCCGAAGAUGCUGAGACGAUAUUGAGAAAGACUAUUGAGAAGAAUUCUAGACUGCUUGGAAAAAUAAAAGAGUUGAAGGCCCGUCUGGGGGCUAAGGAGAAGCAAUCAGGCAAGGUCGCUUCUAAGGCUGUGGACUUUCAGACCUUUGAAAAAUAUGAUGAAAAAAGGGCUGAAUACUCCACUGACGCCUAUGAUGCUGAAAAGCAGUCUAUUUGA